CCUUUCUACCAUCACAUUCAUUCGACCGGUUUCCCUUACACCGUUGGACCCUACGACACAGAAACAAAAGAAAAGAUGUUCGCUUCUACGCUCUUUACCGCGCUCUUCUGUGCCGGCCUCGUCGUUGCCCACGACGGCCAAACACACGGCCACUUACAGCCUCGCGAGGAAACCAACGAAACAAACACUGUAGAGAUCACGACUUUCGGAAGAUCCCAAAAUUCCACUGGUGGCCAAGCACAAGUCGCAGCCGCAGGCGAUUUGAGCCCAUUCGGAGAGAUUGGCGUCGGAUGCGGUAUUAACUGGCAGGAAGACGUGUCUUUCGGAGGUGGCCUCCAAGCCGGCUCCUCUUCCUUCGGCCUCGGCGGCGGCUACAAAAUCUUCCCACACUCAAUGGAGAUCGGCGCGGGAAUUGGGUACACGAAGUCCAACGCCAGCGCGAGCAUUACGUUCCAGAGCUCGGACGAUGGGUCGUUCCAGUUGACGUUUACGUCCACGAGGGCUUUCGCGUGUGUGCCUGGAAAUGCGACGACUGGAUACAGUGUGACAUGCACGACGACGAAUGGUACCGCCCUACGCCGCCACUGAUGGACUCGUCGUCUAACCAUCGAGAAAUGUUCUUUUGGACCCGAACGCACCUUUCCUAUGUUAUAAUUGUUGGACGGUGGUCGGAGGAUUCGUGC